CUUUCCCUUUCCCCCGACCGAGUUACACUUCCCCUUCUUCUUCUCCCAAGCCGGGAUCCGCUGCGCACGACAACACUCGACUCCCCCUCGAGCCCAAGCCCCAGCCGGACGAUCGCCAACCCCGGCGACGCUGAGCUUCCUCAGGAUCCACCUGAGGAUGCGGUUGUAACAGUAUGCGGGCAUAUAUUUUGCUAUCAGUGUGUUUCAGAAUAUUUAACUGGAGAUGACAACACAUGUCCUGCCCCUAGAUGCAAAAAGCAACUUAGUACCCACAGAGUAUUCUCCAAAGCUACCUUAAUUAAUUGUAUUUCAGAAAAAACUGAGAGAUUCUGUGGACAAAUCCCAUUUUCGAGAGACAUCUAAUGUCAUGAAGAACGAUUUCACUUCAGCUAAAAUAAAGGUUGUUCUCGACAUUCUUCAAUCACGUCAUAAGACAGAGCCUUCUGAAAUGAUUGAUGAUCCGAAGAUCCAAUACCUGGGUAGUUCUUCUUCUGAUGCUGGAAGACCAAUAAAGACAAUAAUUUUCUCUCAGUGGACAAGCAUGUUGGAUUUGGUUGGCCAUGCACUGGACCAGUCUGAUAUAGAAUUCAGGAGGCUUUAUGGGAGGUUUCAAGAGAUAGGGCUGAGAUAACGGUAAUGGUGAUGUCACUAAAGGCUGGAAACCUUGGGUUGAAUAUGAUGUCUGCUUGUCAAGUUAUCCUUUUGGAUUUGUGGUGGAAUCCAGCUACAGAAGACCAGGCAAUUGAAAGAGCUCAUAGAAUUGGACAGACGCUGCCAGUUACAGUAUUUCGCCUAACUAUUAAAGACACGGUUGAAGAUCGGAUUUUGACUCUCCAGGACGAGAAGAGGAAAAUGGUUGCAUCUGCCUUUGGUGAAGAUCAAGUUGGUGCAUCUGCAACUCGGCUAACAGUGGAAGAUCUCAAUUACAUUUUCCUUGGCAGAACGUAAUAUUAUUCAACUGUCUUCACUUAUCAUAUUUUGAAUGUGUUAUUUUGGCAGAAAAAAAGAAGUCGAAAGCACAUUAGUCAUGUUGUCUUGAAAGUUAAUUAUAAUGGCUACACUUGAUGCUUAGAAUUGUUUUUUAGUCCCCAUCAAAUGCACCUUAAAAGAUGUAUAUAGCAAGGUAGUCAUGUUUAAGUUAUUAUUUUUUUCUUGUUGCUCAAUAUACAUAGUUCAAACUUAUAUUA